CGCCCUCCCGGGCCGGCGGUGCGGAAGCGCAGGCGGCCGGGGCUGCGUCCCCGCCGGACCCCGGGGGGCGGAGCGAGAGCCCGGGGACGGCGGCAUCCUCCGGCGCGGCCAUCGCCGGGCUGCUCCAUGGAGAAGCGGGGCCCGGUGCUGCACAUCGUGGUGGUGGGCUUCCACCACAAGAAGGGCUGCCAGGUUGAAUUUUCCUAUCCUCCCCUAAAACCUGGAGAAGGACAUGACAGCCACAGUUUACCAGAGGAAUGGAAGUACUUGCCAUUUCUUGCCUUACCGGAUGGCGCCCACAACUAUCAGGAAGAUACUGUGUUUUUCCACCUGCCUCCCAGGUGCGGGGAUCGAACCACGGUGUAUGGAGUCUCUUGCUAUCGGCAGAUUGAAGCAAAGGCUUUAAAAGUACGGCAAGCAGACAUCACCCGAGAAACUGUACAGAAAAGUGUCUGUGUUCUCAGCCAGCUGCCUUUGUAUGGGUUACUUCAGGCAAAGCUGCAACUCAUCACACAUGCGUAUUUUGAAGAAAAAGACUUCUCACAAAUUUCAAUCCUAAAGGAACUUUAUGAUCAUAUGAAUAGUUCCUUGGGCAAUACUUCCUUAGAAGGGUCACAGGUUUAUCUUGGUCUGUCUCCUCGGGAUCUUGUUCUCCAUUUUAGACACAAGGUCUUGAUCCUUUUUAAAUUGAUUCUUCUAGAGAAAAAGGUGCUGUUUUAUAUUUCUCCUGUAAAUAGAUUGGUGGGAGCUCUGAUGACUGUCUUGUCACUCUUUCCUGGUAUGAUUGAACAUGGUCUUAGUGACUGCUCACACUACAGACCAAGAAAGAGCAUAUCAGAGGAUGCUGGCUUGCAGGAAAAUCCACCACGGUUAGAUGACUAUGUUUCUGUGUCUGCUGCUGAUGCUUCGAAUGCAAACUUAGGAAUGGGCAAGGGAGACAGGAAGAUGGCAGGAGAUAAUUCCCUGGAGGGUCAAAAAGCAGAUGUGCCUUUCUCCCAGGCCGAGAAGGCUUGCAAUGGAGCUCAGUCCUCCAACGGAGCUGUGCAGCGCUUGAAAGUUCCUUCCCGUGCUUCUCCAGCCUCCUCAGAGAGUGACUGGGAGACUCUGGACCCCAGCAUUUUGGAGGAGGCUCAUUUGAAGGAAGAAGAACGAGAGAAUGCAGCGUCAGAGCAGGCGGGAAACGUUCGGAGCAAAGGCGUGAGCUCCGAAGGCCUUCCCAUCACUGUGCAGCCCCAGGCAAACACGGGGCACACGGUGCUUGUGCAAGGACUGGUGUCUGGCCUGGAAGAGGACCAGUAUGGGAUGCCACUGGCUAUUUUUACAAAGGGGUACCUGUGCCUGCCGUACAUGGCGCUGCAGCAGCAUCACCUCCUGUCGGACGUGACCGUCCGCGGCUUUGUCGCGGGAGCCACCAACAUCCUGUUCCGUCAGCAGAAGCACCUGAGCGAUGCAAUUGUGGAAAUAGAAGAUGCUCACGUGCAAAUCCACGAUCCAGAACUGCGGAAGAUCCUGAACCCAACAACUGCUGACCUGAGAUUUUCAGAUUACUUGGUGAAGCACGUCACUGAGAACAGAGAUGAUGUGUUCCUUGAUGGCACUGGAUGGGAAGGAGGAGAUGAGUGGAUCAGGGCUCAGUUCAGUGCUUAUCUUCAUGCACUGCUUGCUGCUGUGCUGCAGCCAGACAAUGAAAAGAUUUUGUCAGACUUUGGAACAGGAUUUGUAACAGCCUGGAAAAAUACCCACAACUACAGAGUAUGGAACAGCAACAAGCAUCCAGCUCUUGCAGAGGUAAAUUCUAGCCAUCCAUUCCAGGGCCAGUACUCUGUAUCAGAUGUUAAGUUAAGGUUGUCACAUUCAGUGCAAAACAGUGAGCGUGGAAAGAAGCUUGGAAAUGUGAUGGUUUCUACCAGCCGGAAUGUGGUACAAACAGGAAAAGCUGUAGGUCAGUCUGUUGGAGGAGCCUUCACGAGUGCAAAAUCAGCAAUGUCAUCAUGGUUUUCCACUUUCACACACUCAACCCAAAGCCUUGGGGACUAAAUGCUGGUUUGGCAGAAUGCUGCUGACUAUUUCAGGUGCAAUCUUUCUCUGAGCUGUAAAAAGACCACUCCAAAAUGUAGGAGUGGAGAUUACCUACCCAGGACCAAAAUAAGGUAUAUGUUGCUUGCAAGCAGAUGUGGAAUGUUAUUAUUCACUUUCCCUAGAAGUACAGAAGAAUGGUGAGUGUCACCAUACAAUGGGAUGGCAUUUGCAGUGUAUUGGUUAUAUUUAAAAUGACUACUUCUCUUUAAAACUGAGCCUUUAUAAAGACAUUAGCAAACGGGGCUUGUUGCAAGCC